AUGGUUACCCUGGAUCUACCUACCAUCAACAGCCGAUUUGGAGACUUCCAAUUAGCACCUAAUGGCUUAGUCGCUGUGAUUGGGACUUUGAUAGGCAUCACUGCGUUGACCUAUUUACUCUCGACAAUCCAAGGUGCCCUCACGGUUCGCAACAAACACCAUGGAAGCCGACCGCCAAAACUUCCGUAUACUAUUCCAUUACUUGGACAUCUUCCUGAAUUCUUAAAGGACACGUUGAAAUUUCUAGCAAGGGCUACUGCUGAAUAUGGGCCAUCGACUCCAGUCCGGAUUCAACUCCUUAACCGGCAUAUGAGCCUGCUCAAGGGUGCCGAUGCCGUUACUUCCCUUUUCAAAAGCUCAAGGGAUUUGAGUAGCGAGCACUGGCUUGUGCAGGUCUUGGUCAAUGCCUUUGGCGUGGAGGUUGCCGAUGCACCCUUCUAUCUAGCCGAUGACACCGGUAUUGCCAAUCAACCUGAUCCCAGGAGUAACAUGACGAAUCCAGAGCAUCGCAUCUUCCAUUUGGUAUUCAAGUCUGUUCACUCUGGGUUGAGUGGAGUGAGCCUUGAGGAGAUGGAGAGACAGCUGGUGCGAAAUCUAUCCUCCCAGAUUCAUCAAACGGACUUCCAAUCUGACUCGUGGACUGAAAUUCCUGAUCUGUACGGCUCAUUGUUUCGUACUGUUGCCUUCAAAGCAGCCGUCGUGUCACUCUGUGGACCGAAUGUUUUUGAGGUCAUCCCAACUUUCGAUAAAGACUUUUGGACAUUCGAUAGUGCGCUCCCGGAUUUGUUCAAGGAAAUGCCGCGGUGGCUUGCACCGUCGUCGUACGCGGCUAGGGAUAAGAUGAAGGAUCAUCUGCACAAGUGGCAGACAUUUGCCCAUGAGCGAUACGACGUCAAACAGGGCCAGCAGGAUAAGAGGGAAUGGGAGGAGUAUUUCGGAUCUCGGCUGAUGAGGACGAGACAUGAAUUCUUCCAGAAAAUGCCGUUGAGCAAAGAGACCAUUGCCGCGGAUGACCUUGGAUUGAUCUGGGCUGCGACCGCAAAUACCGUCCCCGCAAUUGGCUGGAUGCUGCUGGAGGUUCUCCAACGUCCGGAACUUUUACAGAGAGUUCGCGAAGAGGUCGCUCCCUACGUAUCCUGGGAUUCAUCGGAUCAAAGCCAGAUGGUCGUCGACAUUCCCAAUCUCUGCAGUCGUCCCCUCCUCCAAUCUAUCUACGCCGAAGUUUUGCGUCUCCGCUCUGGCACUGUCAUCAACCGAGUCCCUACCUCUAACGAUUUCCAUAUUGAUGGGUGGCACUUCAAGAAGGACGAGCAAAUCAUCGUAUCCACUUACGACACUGCGCGCGACCAAUACGUCUGGAACCAAGGCUCCAAUGACAACCCACACUCUGUGGAAGAGUUCUGGCCAGAACGAUUCAUCGUGUACCCGGAUAACGACAAUAGUGGCCCCGUUCUACGAAGCAUUGCCCAACAACAACCAAAGAAUACGCAAAACGCGAAAAUCUCAGAACCAACUUUCACCCUCGACGGCACGGCAGGAUCUUGGAUUCCCUACGGUGGAGGCACGCGAAUGUGUCCCGGUCGGCAUUUUGCGAAGAAGGAGAUGAUCGUGACGAUGGCGAUGUUCCUGACGGCAUUUGAUAUCGAGUUAUUGGUUGAUGAAAAAUCUGGGAUUCAGCCUGAUUUGGGGUACUUUAUGUUUGGUGUUAUGCAUCCUAAAGGCAAGAUACCUGCUAGGAUUCGGAAGAGGCGUUUUGGCUAG